AUGGGAAUCCUGUAUUCUGAGCCCAUCUGCCAGGCAGCCUACCAGAACGACUUGGGGCAAGUGUGGCGGUGGGUGAAAGAAGACAACCAUUAUGUGGAUGUUCAAGACGGCUUCAACGGAGACACUCCCCUCAUCUGCGCCUGCAGGCGAGGCCACGUGAGAAUUGUCUCAUUCCUCUUAAAGAGAAAUGCUGAUGUCAACCUGAAAAACUUGAAGGAGAGAACCUGCUUGCACUAUGCUGUGAAGAAGAGGUUUACCUUCUUCGAUUAUCUACUCAUUAUCCUUUUAAUGCCUGUCUUGCUCAUCGGAUAUUUCCUCAUGGUAUCAAAGACGAAGCAGAACGAGAAUCUUGUACGCAUGCUCCUUGACGCUGGUGUCGACGUGAAUGCUACUGACUGCUAUGGCUACACUGCCUUGCAUUAUGCAUGUCAGAUGAAGAACCAGACUCUCAUCCCUCUGCUUCUGAGAGCCCAUGCAGACCCCAUGAUCAGGAACAAGCAUGGAGAGAGUUCCCUGGAUAUCGCACAGAGACUAAAAUUUUCCCAGAUUGUAUCGAUGCUCAAGAAAGCCUCAUAG